AUGGCCCCCUCCUCAUAUUCAUCAGCAGCAGCGACAGCACUACUGACGCUGCGGUAUGCUAGCCUCGAAGAUGUGGCGCAGGAUCUGGACAUGGUGAUCCAGUCGUCGUCGCAGGGCGAGUGGUCGUGGGAGGGUGCAAGCGAGGAGGAAAGCCGGAAGUGGAUCGAUUUCAUUCAAGACCCAGUGUCAGUGCCCGAGUCAGACACAGCGGGUCUAGCAGGAAAACUCAAUGUGGUUGAUGGGGUCAGUCUGAUGUUCUGCCUUCUCUCACACCCUCACGGGCAGGAGGCGGAAGGCGGGAGAGAAGCAGUGGUCGACGUGUCCGCGCCGACACUUGCAACCAACGACGUCACUCGCAUCAAGAAAGCGGUGCUCGAUCGCUCCCACCAAUGGCGUACAGACGGCGUCGAGUCGCUCUUCCUUUUCGACCUGGUCACCACCGCACAGACGCUCGCUGCUGACCUCACCGCGUCCUCCGAAUCCACCCUCGACGCACCGCACACCUCUCCCGACACCCGCACGACCGAUGCACACCCCGCCCACAUCGAGCUCGCACGCGCCCUCUUCUGGUCCCACCACCUCAAGGCCCCGUCCAAGCUCAAAGACUUUAACAACUGGUGUCCCGAACUCUCCAUCUGGGGUGUUGUGCGCGUCGGCUAUCCGGGCUAUCUCUGCUUCGAGGGCGAAGCAGAGGCGGUGGAGGAGAUGGUCAAGAGGGUCAAAGGGCUGCAGUGGCACGCUAUACAGCUGCGCGUGGAUAAGAGGUGGACUUGGAUGAGUGAUGAGAGGAAGCAAGGGGCGAGGGAAGGACGCAGCGCGCGGGAGCAGGCACUGCUGUCGUGUGCGUUGGCACAGGAGCAUCCGGAUAACGUGUUUGUGGGGCAAGGGGCAGAGGCCAAAGUCCGGACCGGUUGUCAGGUUAUUGAAACACUCGGUGACCUGGUCACGCGAUUGCGGCGGUGCAGACUGAGCGAAGAAGAGAUCGAAGAAGCGCUGGGGAUCCGUAUGAGCAACAGCAACAGCAACAGCAAUCAAUGA